CAAAUGGUAACACGACAAUUGUGAUCAACAUCAACGACAGCCAAAUACUUCUUCCUGUGUUACAUCUUCAGGUGUAUCAUAAAUAUCAAAUUUAGAAUAAUCAGGUGACAACGUCACAUAAAAUUGCGGACGAUGAUGAUACAAUUAUUAUUCUUAGUUCCUUUGAUCGCUAUUGAUUAUGGCGCAUCAAUGAAACUUUUACCAACAGUUAUUGGGGGGAGACUCGCCAAACCAGGUGAAAUUCCAUACCAGGUUUCUCUGCAAGAAAUUAUAAACGAGCAUCACUUCUGCGGUGGAGUCAUAAUUAACGAGUAUUAUGUAGUGACGGCCGCUCACUGUAUGUAUAGGCGAAAUAUUUCGGAUAUUUCGGUCAAUGCUGGAACAACAGACCUUCGAAAACCGCAUUCAGUGCAUCUGAUUGAGUUCGCUUAUAUACACAAAAAAUACAAUCCCCAACAAUCAAAUUACCCCAUUUAUGAUAUCGCUUUACUUAAGCUCGAAACUCCAUUUGUAUUUUCUUUUUUGAUAUCUUCUGUCAAGUUACCGGAACAGGAUCAAAUUGUCGAAGCAGACUCGCUAGCAUUAAUAUCAGGAUACGGCUGGAUAACGACUGAUGGAAAGAAAAGCAAACAGUUGCACAUUGUAGAUAACAUAAUAACCAAUCAGACUUAUUGUAACGAAGUCUGGAAUAGUUUAAUUAGUGAUAUACAAAUACAAGAUUCGCAAAUCUGCGCAAUUCAUCCAACUGCAGAAAAGGGUGCAUGUUUCGGUGAUUCCGGUGGACCUCUUACUGUCAAUGGAUAUCUCAUAGGCCUCGUUUCGUUUGGGUACGAUUGCGCUAGUACAGAAUAUCCUACUGUGUAUACACGCAUCCCGUCGUUCAUCGAUUGGAUAUAUGAGCAUAUAAGAAUUAAUGAAAUAUGGUAA